AUGCCAGCGUGGCUUCAUUCAUACAGAUGAACCAAGGAUUUGGAUAGCAAUAUAAAAUUAGAAUCAGACAGCUGACUGCCAAGCAGGAUGCCAUCAACUAACAGAGCAGGCAGCCUGAAGGAUCCUGAAAUUGCAGAGCUCUUCUUCAAAGAAGAUCCAGAGAAGCUCUUCACAGAUCUCAGAGAAAUUGGCCAUGGAAGCUUUGGUGCAGUGUAUUUUGCACGAGAUGUGCGUACCAAUGAAGUGGUGGCUAUUAAGAAAAUGUCUUAUAGUGGAAAGCAAUCCACAGAGAAAUGGCAGGACAUUAUUAAGGAAGUUAAAUUUCUACAAAGAAUAAAACAUCCCAAUAGUAUAGAAUAUAAAGGCUGCUAUUUACGUGAGCACACAGCAUGGCUUGUAAUGGAAUAUUGUUUAGGAUCUGCUUCAGAUUUACUGGAAGUUCACAAAAAGCCAUUGCAAGAAGUGGAAAUAGCAGCAAUUACACAUGGUGCUCUACAGGGAUUAGCUUACUUACAUUCUCAUACCAUGAUCCAUAGAGAUAUCAAAGCAGGAAAUAUUCUACUAACAGAACCAGGCCAGGUGAAACUCGCUGACUUUGGGUCUGCUUCCAUGGCAUCUCCUGCCAAUUCUUUUGUGGGAACACCAUAUUGGAUGGCCCCAGAAGUAAUUUUAGCCAUGGAUGAAGGACAAUAUGAUGGCAAAGUAGAUGUAUGGUCUCUUGGAAUUACAUGUAUUGAGCUAGCUGAAAGGAAACCUCCUUUAUUUAAUAUGAAUGCAAUGAGUGCCUUAUAUCAUAUAGCCCAAAAUGAAUCCCCUACACUACAAUCUAAUGAAUGGUCUGAUUAUUUUCGCAACUUUGUAGAUUCUUGUCUCCAGAAAAUCCCUCAAGAUCGCCCUACAUCAGAGGAACUUUUAAAGCACAUGUUUGUUCUUCGGGAACGCCCUGAAACAGUGUUAAUAGAUCUCAUUCAAAGGACAAAGGAUGCAGUCAGAGAGUUGGACAAUCUGCAGUAUCGAAAGAUGAAAAAACUUCUUUUCCAAGAGGCACACAACGGACCAGCAGUAGAAGCACAGGAGGAAGAAGAGGAGCCAGAUCAUGGUGUUGGAAGAACAGGAACAGUGAAUAGUGUUGGAAGUAAUCAGUCUAUUCCCAGUAUGUCCAUCAGUGCCAGUAGCCAAAGCAGUAGUGUUAACAGUCUUCCAGAUGCCUCAGAUGACAAGAGUGAACUAGACAUGAUGGAGGGAGACCACACAGUAAUGUCUAAUAGUUCUGUCAUCCACUUAAAACCUGAGGAAGAAAAUUACAGAGAAGAAGGAGAUCCUAGAACAAGAACAUCUGAUCCACAGUCCCCACCUCAAGUAUCUCGUCACAAAUCACAUUAUCGUAAUAGAGAACACUUUGCUACUAUACGAACAGCAUCAUUGGUUACAAGACAAAUGCAAGAACAUGAACAGGAUUCUGAACUUAGAGAACAGAUGUCUGGGUAUAAGAGAAUGAGGCGGCAACAUCAAAAGCAGCUGAUGACUUUAGAAAAUAAACUGAAGGCCGAGAUGGAUGAACAUCGCCUUAGAUUAGACAAAGAUCUUGAAACUCAGCGUAAUAAUUUCGCCGCAGAAAUGGAAAAGCUUAUCAAAAAACAUCAGGCUGCCGUGGAAAAAGAGGCUAAAGUAAUGGCCAAUGAAGAGAAAAAGUUUCAACAACAUAUUCAGGCCCAGCAGAAGAAAGAACUGAAUAGUUUUUUGGAGUCCCAGAAAAGAGAAUAUAAACUUCGAAAAGAACAGCUUAAAGAGGAGUUGAAUGAAAACCAGAGCACCCCUAAAAAAGAAAAACAGGAAUGGCUUUCAAAACAGAAAGAAAAUAUACAACAUUUCCAAGCAGAAGAAGAGGCUAACCUUCUUCGACGUCAGAGACAAUACUUAGAGUUAGAAUGUCGUCGUUUUAAAAGAAGAAUGUUACUUGGGCGCCAUAACUUGGAGCAGGACCUUGUCAGAGAGGAGUUAAAUAAAAGGCAAACUCAAAAGGACUUAGAGCAUGCCAUGUUACUUCGACAACAUGAAUCCAUGCAAGAAUUGGAGUUUCGCCAUCUCAAUACAAUUCAGAAGAUGCGCUGUGAAUUGAUCAGAUUACAGCAUCAAACCGAGCUUACUAAUCAGCUGGAAUAUAAUAAGCGAAGAGAAAGAGAACUAAGACGAAAACAUGUCAUGGAGGUUCGACAGCAGCCUAAGAGUCUAAAGUCUAAAGAACUCCAGAUUAAAAAACAGUUUCAGGACACCUGCAAAAUCCAAACCAGACAGUACAAAGCAUUAAGAAAUCACCUUCUGGAAACUACACCAAAGAGUGAGCACAAAGCUGUUCUGAAACGUCUCAAAGAGGAGCAGACCCGGAAGUUAGCCAUCUUGGCUGAGCAGUAUGAUCACAGCAUUAAUGAAAUGCUCUCCACACAAGCUUUGCGAUUAGAUGAAGCACAGGAAGCAGAAUGCCAGGUUUUGAAGAUGCAGCUGCAGCAGGAACUGGAGCUGUUAAAUGCAUAUCAGAGCAAAAUCAAAAUGCAGGCUGAGGCUCAACAUGAUCGAGAACUUCGGGAGCUUGAACAGAGGGUCUCCCUUCGCAGAGCACUUUUAGAACAAAAGAUUGAAGAAGAGAUGUUGGCUUUGCAGAAUGAACGCACAGAACGAAUACGAAGCCUGCUGGAACGUCAAGCCAGAGAAAUUGAAGCUUUUGACUCUGAAAGCAUGAGAUUAGGUUUUAGUAAUAUGGUUCUUUCUAAUCUCUCCCCUGAGGCAUUCAGUCACAGCUAUCCAGGAGCUUCUGGUUGGUCUCACAAUCCUACUGGGGGCCCAGCACCUCACUGGGGUCAUCCCAUGGGUGGCCCACCACAAGCCUGGGGCCAUCCUAUGCAAGGUGGACCCCAACCAUGGGGUCACCCCUCAGGGCCAAUGCAAGGGGUACCCCGAGGUAGCAGUAUGGGAGUCCGCAAUAGUCCACAGGCUUUGAGGCGGACAGCUUCUGGGGGACGGACGGAACAGGGCAUGAGCAGAAGCACGAGUGUCACUUCACAAAUAUCCAAUGGGUCACAUAUGUCUUAUACAUAACUUAAUUGAGAGUGGCAAUUCCUCUGGAGCUGUCUGCCAAAAGAAACUGCCUACAGACAUCGUCAUGGCAGCCUCCUCACUUGGGUACUACAGUGUGGAAGCUAAGUGCAUAUGGUAUAUUUUAUUCAUUUUUGUAAAGCAUUUUGUUUUGUGUUUACUUACUAAUUGGGUUGUCAUAGUAUUUGGCUGCCGGGAUUUAUUUUCUUUUUAACUUCUGGUGUAAUUUUGAAAAGGAGAAUUGAUAUAUAUGUGUUAGUACGUGUAUAUAGAGAUACACACAUACAUAUGUCAUGCAUGUGGUAAAAAGAAAUUGGCUAAAUUAGGGGGUAUUUUCUGAAUACUGCAAAAAUACACAUACAACAGAGUGGCUUAAUGCAUUACUUUUGGGCAACUAUCCUAAGAAGUUUGUGAAAAGAUCUAAAACUUUUCUCCAUACUCAGUAUUCUGCCACUCUUACCAGACAGAAUACACUGAAACAAGUUAUGAUGGAAACACACUUAUAUCCCCUCACCAGUGUAUUUUCUCUGUUAAAUGGUUCUGACUUCUCAGUUUUAUUUGAAGUAAAAGUGAAAGUGAAUAUCUAUGAACACUAAAGGGUUACAUUGACUUUUCAGAGAAUAGAAAACAACAUAGUUAUUUUUUCUGAAUGCUAUGUUGGUUUGUCAGUGUUUUUGUUUGUUGUCCAUCAUUUGUGCCUUCUUUGUGGCAUAGUGAGAUGGAGUUGCUUACGGAGAUCACAAGUUGUAUGAUAAUGUUAUCAUCAGACCUGUGAGCCUUUAAAAGAGAAGGUCAAAAGAGUGAAAGAAGCCCCUGAAAGUUUUAUCUGGUGGGUACAUUCAGCAGCAGAGUGAGGAAAUGAAGUCUAUAUAUCCUGACAUUUUGUUGCUUAUACUGUGAUAGCUCAUCCUAGCUAAGCUUUGGAACUCCCAAGACCCUAGACUGUACUUUUAUUUUGUUUGUACAAAAACAAAGCUAUAUAGCCAAUAAAAAUCAAAUGCCAGAGGUAUUUGAAUAAUGCCAUAUUUGCAAACUGCCACCUAUUAUAAUUCUCAUCACACUACAUAAUUUGAUAAUCCCCUUUGGCUUAUGGGAUUUCCUGUUUACAAAUAGAAUAGCCAAUUAUUUAAAUAGUUAGUUGCCAUAGUGAACCAGGAGUCACUGAGCCAAUGACUUUACCAGCUGCUGACUAAUCUUCAUCACCACUGUAGAUUUUGCUGCAUGUGCAGGUUCUCCUUUAUUUUAAUUGCUGUUUUCGUUGCUGCAAUACUUUACAAACUUCUAGUUCUUUGAGACUUAAUGAUCAUUGGCAUCAUGUUAACAUCAUGCAAUAAGUAACACCACUUCCAGAAGUCUCUAGCCUCAAGGCUAAAGUACUACUGAAAAGGAACUAGCAAGUUUGAAGAAAAACUUUUUAAUAAUAAUAAAUUAUAGUGGUCAGGGAAUAUCUUGACAAAAGCUUGAUAAAGCUAACUUUUUUCCCCCCAUAGGGGUACGUUUUGCUUUUAUUUUGCAAUGAAGGAUCAACUUGAUGCUGAAAGUCAGAUGUUACUCGGUAUUCUACUGCCAUUGUGGAAAUUGAGUGGGAAGUGAGGAAGGAA